AUGCCCCCCCGCCAACGAACCGAGGAGCAGCCGCCCUACUUCGAGGGCGACUAUGUGGUGCCUCCUCCUCCUCCUCCUCCUCCUCCUCCUCCGCUUAUGGAGUUCCUUGGGAUUGCCCAGCUCGCUCAGGGCCGGCCCGGGUUUGCCGCCUGCCUGCGCUACUGCGAGCAGACCGACGGCCCAAACCCGGCCGACCGUAUUCGAGCCGCUGCCUCGCGGAUUCUCGUCUCGGGCAAGUGGUUGGCCCGUCUCCGAGACGCGGCGCGCCAGGCCAUGCCGGGCUUUGAGAACAUUAUCGUCGCGAGCUUCAUCGUCAUCCAAACGCGCUAUUUGCUCCUUCGGGGCGCCAUCCACCGCGCCGACCCGCGCAUUUUGAUGAUCGGGGAAGAUGGCCUGGUCGCCUACCUCCGGGAGUACAGCGCCCUCUACGAUCGGGCUAAGGCGCGCAUGAUGCAGCUGAUUGCACGCCCCGGAGAGCACCGCCAUCACCGCGGGUUCCUUCGCCUGCAGCGGGCUGCCCUCGCCUGGAUGCGCCAGAAACCGUUAGCUUUCUGCGAUGAAAUGAUACGGUCGUCGAGAGGCUUCUUAAUGCGUCGUCGCACGGAACGCUUCCGAAUGGUAUCAUCACAACGCCGCCAAAAAAUGAUGGUGAUCAACAACAGAGCUGAGCAGUCG